CUUAGUAAAUAGAACCAACUUCAAUUGCUAGGCGUGAAAAAGUAGGACAAGUAAGAAAUAUUAUCUGUUGUUUGUUUGAAAUAAAAGAACAAUAUCAUGAAGAAAAGACAAUCGGCUUCAAUACAACUACUUACUGGCCGAAGUCGCGACAGUAAACCCGAAAGCAUCGCGUUUAUAUAUGGGGAAUUGAAUCCGUUAUCAUUAAGUCCGGACGCCAUAAGGAAAAUAAGACCAGAAACUUGCCCACUGCAUGCUGUUGUUGUUGCAGUUGCAUUACAGCAUCCACCGUUUUCAUAUGAGCGGAAAGUUGAACUCAUUGACUAUGGAUUCGAAAACCAAGGUGAAGAUGUCGAUUUUGUCAACAAAAAGAAUGUGUUGGGUAUGACUGCACUACACACUGCAGUGUCCGUAAACGUGCAGGACAUGGAAAUUUGUAAACUACUGAUUGAAAGAGGAGCGGAUGUGAACGCUGUGAAUAAUUAUGAUUAUAAUACUCUGUUCAUGGCUAUCGGUUCUUGUUCUCCACUUAAAAUCAUCCGGAUGCUUUUAGACAAUGGUGCUGAUCCAAACAUGUUGGCAAAAACUGACGAAGGUAAAAGUUGGUACGUUGCCCAGUUGGCUCUUAUUAUGAGUAAUGAAGAUUACCUGAAGAUCUUAGUGAAGUACGGUGCUAAUCUAAAGCUUCCUGUACCCAACAGAAGAAGUGCGCCAAUCAACUUUGCACAAACAGAAAGCAUGAGACGAUUGCUUGAAAGAUUAAGUCGAAAAAUUGAUCGAAAAGAAGAAUUGGCGAAUGCCAAAUGUGCAUUGUGUUCGGCCACCAAUUUAGGAAGUGUCAACUUAAAACGCUGCGGAAGAUGUUAUGUGACUUUUUAUUGUUCCAGAGAGCAUCAAGAAAAACAUUGGGCACGAAACCACUGGAAAAACUGCCCUGGUUACAUAGUAGUUGGCCAUGCUAUGCGUGAAAAAGCUGGAAUGAAAGUAACAAAGAAGAUCGAUAGGAAGUAUCUUCCAUUGAAGCCGCCUUUAACAAUGAAGGAUGCGUGGGCAUGUCUGCAGACCAAACUACAAGAUAUGGCCGGAAAAUAUUUUGUCUAUAAAGCCCUUGCUCCACCUGAAGAUGAAAUUACUUUCAUACUUUAUACAAACGAUGAUCAAUCUAUACAAUCAUGGCACUACCCGGAAGAAAAAGGUUUCUUCGAUCUGUGUCGAAUGAUUCGCGAUAGUGGGAGCAGGGAAGCUUUCUUCUGGGCAACACCAGAUGAUCCACAUCAAGGAACUUGUAAAAUAUUUACCGGAAGAUUUGCGCCAGUUCAUGACAAUUGGUAGAUUACCUUUUUACAACAAAUAGCUUCUACAGCAUUUCUUUUAUAUAAUGUUGCCGACAAAGUUCCUUUUUUUUAAAUUUUGCAUUUCAGUUUUGUUACUGAUAAACUUCUUGUAUGUGGUCAGCUAUACAUUGGCUACAGAUUCAACAUGGGUGGUAGUUUAGUUUGCAAUGAUGUGAUAUAUGUUGGUUAAUUGCUUUACACUUGAACCUAUUCACUCACUUGACUUAAUAAUUCAUUUAAGGUUUAUGAAAUUACUGAAUACACCUAUGUGUAUUAUAGUUGCUUCGCCGUAAGCAAAUUUAAUGAAACAAAUGAUUUAUAAGCAUUGAAACUGUUGUUUGAAUGUGUUGAUACAAAUGCUGUUGCUGUACAUUUAAAAUCAUGUCAAAUUUUCAAUGUAUGCGACAACAAGAACUUUACAUAACAAAAAAUACAUUGAUUUUUAUAAAGUUCCUGUGUCAUAUUAUCUCCUUUUCAUUACAAAACAGCAGAUUCAAAACAUUCAUUUUCUUUAG